UUGGUAAACAUCAAUGCGACAUAAUCGCUUCAGGUAAAUUUAGCGACUUUGCAGUGAAUAAGUAAUUACACAUAUCGGCAUUAAAACAGCUUAUUUUUCAUAAAUUCUGUAAUUUAAUUUACAAAAGAUGGAAGUGGUCAUGGAGAGUUCGUCAUGUUUUAUGUGUGGUCAAAAAGCUGAACAUUUUCACUACAUAUCGGAGACUGGAAGUGAGCAGGAGCUUGGCAUUAGUAACAUUAUCUGCCAGCACUUUUGGUUCCAGGAAGAUGCCCUGCGCACUGCCAUCAUCUGUGAGCCCUGCUGGCAAACAGUUUCCCAAUUCCAUCGCUACUACCAAGACGUGAAGCAAUACCAUGAGCAACUAUCGGAACCGAACUCGAUUUGCAUCAAACAGGAACCGCUUGAUUCGAUAGUUGAGGUCGAACCAAGCAGGAUCGAGGCAGAAGUCCCGUCCGAUGAAGAAGAAAGUAAAGUCGGAAUCGCAGAGAAAUGCAACCAACUGUCGGAAGAAGCUAAUCCGGUUGUUGUGGAGAAACUAACUCGAAGUAAAGCGCCCUCCGCUCAGCAGAAGCAGAUGGAGGACAAUUUCAUCAAGAAGCAUUUCCCGUACAAUUGUAACGAGUGUUCCGUACAAUUUGAAUGUUACAUCUCGAUGCGUCGCCAUAUGAUAGACGUCCACGGCAAAGCAUACAUCAUGUGCUGCGGCGUCCAGUAUACCAGUCGAUACUUACUGUUCCAACAUGUGCAGGCUGUGCUCAACCCGGAAGCAUUCAAAUGUAAACUUUGCGAUAGAUCGUACACUUUACGUACAGGAUACGUUCGUCACAUGCAUCGACGCCAUCCCAACAAUGAUCCCUUUCGAUGUGACCAGUGUCCGAAACGUUUCCCUUCAGCAGAUUUACUUAAUCGUCACACUGCAAACCAUAACAGGUUUACGCAUAAGAUUAUCAAAUGCCACAUAUGUGGCCAACGCUUUGGUAGAAAGCUCCGGCUGCGGGAGCACAUGAUUGCAGUUCACGAGAAAACGGCCGUAUACGUUUGUGAAAUUUGCUCAAAAUCAUUUACCAGACUGGAGAUGUUCAAGGAGCACCAGAUGACACACGAGUUCACGGCAGAGGAGCUGAAGAAGCAGUGCCCCAUUUGCAAACGGUGGCAGAAGAAUGAGCGACUGUGGAAGAACCAUGUGGAUCGACACAAGGGUGACGGAGCUCGGCAAUGCGACCAAUGCGAUUUCGUUUCGAUCAAUUCGAGUGCACUGAAGAGGCACAUUGAGCGGAUGCACGAUAAGAAAAUGGAUUGUCCUUGCGAGGUGUGCGGUAAAGUAUACGCGAACCCGAAAACAUUGAAGGAACACGUUGCUAAUAGCCAUACAAAAGAACCGCUCUACCAGUGUAGGUUCUGCGAGGAAACGUUCUUCACCAGCUCCCCCAUGUACAAGCACAGGAAAAAGGCUCAUCCGAAGGAAUGGCAGGAGUACAUCACAACCAAGUUUGGCAUCGAUGAAGCAGAAGCACGAACAAAGGCGAAAAAGGCCGGAAAUUUUGUAUGAGUUCGUUGGAGUUAAUCGGUAACGCAGUGUGCUGAUGAACUUCUUGGAAACCGAAGAUUCCCUUAGCAACCUAAGUUUUCUUUAAUAAACAACAUAUGUAGUUAGUUUUUUCAUUCCUGUUCAAGACACCACUCAAACUAGUUGUAAAAUAAAUCCAGCUUUCCACGCUCGCCAUAAUGGCGGAUGCUAUAAAUUAAUUUGACAGUAUCUGUGCCCCAGUUGAACUGAAAUUAUUAAACAAUAUUCUUAGCAACCCUUGACUACAAUGGAAAAUGUUUUGUUGACCGGUAACUACUGAGAAAAAUGGCAAGAAAUCAAAAAGUGUCCAACAAAUAAAAUUUUUGAUUUUAUUGUCCUAAUUAAACUAUUUUCUAUUUUAGGUUUUGUAAUUUAAGAAAGGUGAAUACAUGACU